CAUUCUAAGGACUACACUUUAAAACGGCUUUCCAUACAGUGCGUCUUCCACCCCGAGAACAUGUUGAGUUUUUGUUCGCCUGGAAACACAUUUUAGAUUGAGCUCUGCUCCUGUGAAUGAAAGACCCUCCCUUGUUGCUGCGACGCCUGGUUCUUCAGACCGUCAUCACAAGCGAUCCGCAUCAAUGGGACUUCGGACUAUUCAAAGCACCGUCGAUUUUUAAAGGCCACUGGAAUUGCUGAAGGCAAGAUCUGCUGCUGGUUCGUCUGUUCGUUCUCAAAGAAAACGGACGUGUGAAGCGGGGUUUUUGUUUUCCAGGGGAAGCUGUAACACAAUAGGGACGCUGGAGUUAUGAAGGCUCGACGGAUGACUGGCGCUGUCCGUUCAGCACCACCUUGCGCCCAAUGACACUAUAAAAACACCUUCCUGACGCCCUCAAACCCGAGCCAGGGGGGUCGGGAUAUUGGAGUAUUGGAGGGAAAACGCGUUCGCAUCUUAGAAGUCACUUAAGGGUUUUGGAAUUCUUUUGUUGGCAUGGACACUUUGAGGCGCACCUGGCACGAUCGUAAACACAUUUUGAAUUUUAUGAACAUGGGUCCCAGCGUUAUGAUGACGGUCCACGGGUUGGAGAUAUGACUAGAGAGGUACGCGAUGGGCCAAGGGGACGACAAGGAUCGCAUUGUGAUCAACGUCGGAGGAAUCAAGCACCAGACCUACCGCAGCACCCUGCGCACCCUGCCCGGCACUCGACUCUCCUGGCUGGCGGAGCCCGACGCGCCUAGUAACUUCGAUUAUGAUGCGAACAUCGGGGAGUUUUUCUUCGACCGUCACCCCGGCGUUUUCGCCCACAUUCUUAACUAUUAUCGCACGGGCAAGCUGCAUUGCCCGGCGGACGUGUGUGGACCUUUGUAUGAGGAGGAGCUGGCGUUUUGGGGGAUCGACGAGACAGACGUGGAACCGUGUUGCUGGAUGACCUACCGGCAGCAUCGAGAGGCGGAGGAGGCUUUGGACAGCUUCGCCGGGGUUGCUCUGGAUCUCGGACAUGAAGACCCGGAGCCUGAGGGGGUUGCUGAGGCGGCCGAGGGGGAUGAGGGCGUUGAGAUGACCCGGAGACUGGCGCAAGGCGACUCGCCCGAUAACAGGUCUGGGCGCUGGAGCAGAUGGCAGAAGAAGACGUGGGCGCUCUUUGAGGACCCGUAUUCCUCAAAAUACGCACGGUGGGUAGCAUUUGCAUCUUUGUUCUUCAUUUUGGUGUCCAUUACUACAUUCUGUUUGGAGACUCAUGAGGCCUUCAAUCCCAUCAUCAACCGCACAGAGACUUACAUGGUGGGCAAUGAAACACACGAGCGUGUCUUUCCCGAGACGGAGACUAUGGUGCAGUUAACCUAUGUUGAGGGUGUCUGCGUUGUGUGGUUCACUUUUGAAUUUCUAAUCCGAGUGACUACCUGUCCAAACAAAUUAAAAUUUGUCAGAAAUGCCCUCAACAUCAUCGACUUUGUGGCCAUCCUCCCCUUCUACCUGGAGGUAGGGCUGAGCGGACUCUCCUCCAAAGCAGCAAAAGAUGUGUUAGGUUUCCUCCGUGUGGUGCGAUUCGUUCGAAUUCUCCGUAUUUUCAAGCUGACGCGACACUUUGUGGGUUUGCGGGUACUCGGACACACGCUUCGUGCCAGUACUAAUGAAUUUAUCCUCCUCAUUAUUUUCCUUGCUCUCGGAGUCUUAAUCUUUGCCACUAUGAUCUACUAUGCUGAACGUUUUGGAAGAAACCUCAACGAUCCUGAUGCCAGUAACAACACACACUUCAAGAACAUCCCCAUUGGCUUCUGGUGGGCCGUGGUAACGAUGACAACCCUCGGCUAUGGCGAUAUGUACCCUCAGACGACAUCUGGAAUGCUGGUGGGUGCACUGUGUGCCCUGGCAGGUGUGCUGACGAUUGCCAUGCCUGUACCUGUAAUCGUGAACAACUUCGGCAUGUACUACUCCCUAGCCAUGGCGAAACAAAAACUACCAAAGAAGAAAAAUAAUAAGAUAUCACGAGAGCAUCUAAUGGGGUCUCCCAACUACUGCAAGUCAGCGAUUAACUCCCCGCGACCCAGCACACACAGUGACACAUGCCCCCUUGCACAGGAAGAGGUUUCCGAGAUCAGAUACCAAGGUAGGAGCUAAUAUUUUAGAAUCUGUAAAUUUCUGUCAAAGUGCAAUGACAGUGAAAUGGUAACCUUAAAGGAGUCAUAUCAUAAAAUUGUUUCCUCAGAGGUUCUAUAAUUUGGUUAUACCAAGUUUUUUUUUACCCUCUUAGUGACUGUAGAAGUUCUGAAGAAGACUGUUGAAGAGAUUUGUCUUGCUUUGACUCUUUUAAUGUUACUCAUUAAUCUGUUAGUUUAGCACAGGGGUGUCAAUCUCAAUUCCUGGAGGGCCGGAGCACUCCAGCGUUUAGAUUCAACCCUAAUUAAACACACCUGAUCCAACUAAUCAAGUCCUUCAGGCUUAUUUGACUACAUGGUAUGUGUGUUGGAGCAGGGUUGGAACAGAACUCUGUAGGACUCUGGCCCUCCAGGAAUUGAGUUUGACAACACUGGUUUAGUAUGUUGAUCUGCUGAGCUCUGGAUGUUUAGCUAGAAUGAACAGAACUUGAGUUGGAUGGAUCUGAAUAAUGAUUCAUCUGGUAGGUUUGAUUUUUUUAGACAAGAAGAAGAGUAAUUAGUGGUCUUGUUUGGGAAAAUUUAAAAGUAUUAAUAGUUUUAGAAAUGCAGAAAUCUUUUCAUUUCUCAGUGGAUUUGCUCUCAUUGAAGCUUAUUACUACUCUAAGCUUUCACAGGCAUCUAAAUUACAGAUAGACCAACCUAGCAAUUAAGGGUAACUACACACACUAGAGAUUAUGCUAUGUCAGAGAAUGCUGAGAAUCUAUUGAAUGAAAAGGGCAUGGUAUGUUUUAGGACUUAGGGGGAAAAGGGCUUGUGAAACUGACAAGAAAUUCUACAUGUAGGUCAGGGGUAUUUAUUCCUGCUCCCGGAGACCCAAUGUUUUACAGAGUUUUUUACAAAGUCCAACCCUGCUUCAAUUAACCUGCCUUUAAUGGUUAAGUAAUCCUGCAAGAGAUUAUCUGGUUCAAGUGUGUUUGCUUAAGGUUGGAGCUAAACUCGACAGGACAGUGGGUCUCCUGGAGCAGGGUUAAGUAACCCUGACCUAGGUCAUGAUAUAACAGGACAAUAUGGCUUUCUAGUGUUUGAAACUAUUAGAGACAGGUGAAUUUGGAUAGGUGUGCCAUCACGCACAGUGGGAAAAGCAUCUCUGUUUCUUGCAGAAAUGGAAUUUAUAUAUCAGCAGGUUUGAACUUUGAGAGUGGUUUCGCUUUCAGGAUGUGUUGCAGUGUUGAUAGCCUGAAAUAAA